AGUAUUGUUCUCCCUCGUCAUCAGAUCUACGCCAGAGUUAACACGACAGUUCAUGCGUAAAGGAGUUCAUGCGUAACCGGAGAUCGCCGAAGUACCGUUAUAGUGCACAGAUAAACAAAUCUAUCAUCAGAAGAUGCAGAGCAAACCAACAGCGCCCUAGCGACGUACGACGCACUGGAACGUAACUUCCUGCCCUAACCUGGGUAAGGAUAGAAUAUUGUCGUUGGGAAAGAUAUGGAGGAUUUCCGCACAUAAUAUUUCAUGAGAGAUGCUCCAGGAGAAGGCCUCAGCUGUGACGGAUGAGGCUGUGAAUGCAGCUCAGCCAAGUGGGCUUCCGGAGCUCACCACUGACUCCUCACACAUGGGUCUGCCUACAACUCCCAGCAUCCCCAGCAACAGUGAGCCUGAUCAGAGCAUAGAGAACAUCAAGGUGGUCCUCCAUGAAAGAGAACUGUGGAAACGGUUCCACGAGGCAGGAACCGAGAUGAUCAUAACUAAAGCUGGGAGGAGGAUGUUCCCCAGCUACAAGGUGAAGGUCACUGGCAUGAACCCAAAAACAAAGUACAUCCUCCUUGCUGACAUUGUUCCCGCAGAUGACCACCGCUACAAAUUCUGCGAUAACAAAUGGAUGGUGGCAGGAAAAGCUGAGCCGGCCAUGCCUGGACGGCUGUACGUACACCCGGACUCCCCAGCCACUGGCGCUCACUGGAUGCGACAGCUGGUUUCCUUCCAGAAGAUGAAACUUACCAACAACCACCUGGACCCUUUUGGCCACAUCAUUCUCAACUCCAUGCACAAGUACCAGCCCAGGUUGCACAUCGUCAAGGCGGACGAAAACAACGCCUUCGGCUCCAAGAACACGGCGUACUGCACUCACGUCUUCCACGAGACCUCCUUCAUCUCUGUGACAUCCUACCAGAACCACAAGAUUACCCAGCUGAAGAUCGAAAACAACCCGUUCGCCAAGGGCUUUCGAGGCAGCGAUGAGGGGGAUCUGCGUGUGUCCAGAUUGCAGGGGAAGGACUACCCAGUGAUUUCCAAGAGCAUGGUGCGCCAGAGACUCAUAUCCUCACACGGUCACCUCACGGGGAAACUGGGUGCGGGGAUGCUAGGAGGCCAUCCACAGGUCCUGUCCCACUACCAGUAUGAGGGCGGUGUCCCUCUGUCCAGUGCCGAUGCCCAAGAGCCCCUUGGCAACCACUUCCCCUCCAGCCGGGAACCCAGUCUGCUCUACCACUGCUUCAAGCACAGAGAUAACAGCGGCAGGCACUUGGACCUGGGUUGCAAGCGGCCUUAUCUGGAGACCACACCCCAGGGGGUAUCGGAGGAGCACUACUUCCGGCCCUCCUCGUCCUACGAGCCGCCCCUGCUGUCACAUCCCUACUGCGGGGAGGCGCUGAGCUCCAGAGAGGCCUGUAUGUAUGGGGGAGUGGAGGGAGAGGCGGGCCCAGGGCCUGGAUCGGCAGGUGGGGAGGACUUGCCACCGCCUUCGCUAAACUGCAACAUGUGGGCAUCGGUGCAGCCGUACCCACGCUACAGCGUGCAGACGGUGGACGCCGUGCCCUACCAGCCCUUCGCGGCCCACUUCACCAGCACGGCCCCAGUGGUGCCGCACCAUUCGCCCUCCAUGCAGCGCCCGCAACCCGCGCCCCCCGACCUGGUCUUUGGUACACAGCGUGCUCUGCCCCCGGGGCCUUCCUACUCAUCCUCAUCCUCUUCCUCCUCCCCGCCUGGGACGAGCUCUCGAGAUCGGGUGGGCCACGCUUCCCUGUACCACCACCGGAAACCGGACUCACCUCUCCGGACCCACAGGGAUUUUUCUGGCUUCGCAGCCCAAAGCCCCUCCGCACGUGACUCGGCCUAUCAAUAUCAAAUGGGACUGACUGGGGUAGGAGCUCACUGGACUGAAAGCUAA